AUGACGUUCGACCUGCCCACCCCCCAGGGCCGCACCAACUACUCCGAGAUCCCCUCCGAGUACGCCUCUGCGCUCGAGAAGGCCAAAGCCCUCUUCGCCGAGCACACCGACCCCUCCAAGGAUUCCGAGUGGGAGGACGCUGGCAACCGCGAGGAAGUGCAGCUCUCCAAGAAGACCAACCCGGAAAACGCCUACGACGUGCCCAUCGUCAAGGGCUCCACCAUUGUCGAGAAUGCCACCCCCUCGCAGGUCCUCGCCGUGAUCCAGCAGCCCGGCAUGCGCAAGAAGUGGGAUCCUCGUUUCGACAACGCGACCCAGCUCGACCGCUACGGCCCUCAAAAAUACGCCUUCUACACGUGGAUGAAGUCGCCCUCGUACUUUGUGUGGGCGCGCGACAUUGUUGGUGUCCAGGAAAACGUCAUUUCGGACGGCGGUUCCAAGAUCCAGGUGUACCAGACGAGUGUGGAGGCGGACCAGUUUAUCGAUGAGGCUGGAUCGUACAGCAAGUCUCGAACGCGCGCGACGCUCGAGGUGUCCGCCUGGGACCUCGUCAAGGACGGUGACAACACCAAGGUGACCUAUGUGGUUAAGAUCCACCUCAACGGCAGUCUGCCUACGAGCGUCGUGUCGAUGGUGGCCACCGAGACGCCCAUGUGCGUCGGCCGCGUUCGUGACACGUACUACUCCAACGGUCACCUCCCCUACGACGCCGCCUGGGAGGACGGCAAGGCCAGCGACAAGGACAGCAUUCUCCGCUACUCCGAGUACGAGGAUGGCGACGGAUCCGAGGCUAGCUCGGGCAAGAAGCAGUGGUCCAUCUGGUACCAGGCCGUCGGUGAGGACACCAUCAAGAUUCGCUUCGACAACCAGAAGCUCUACACCAGCCUCAAUGUCGCUGUCGAGGGCGAGGCGGCGAGCGAUGUCACCGCGGAUGUCGACCAGGACGCUGGUCUGGUCACCGUCAAGGUCGCCGACGGCGCCAAGGGCAAGGGCUUCUCGCUCGUCUUCACUCCUUGA